AUGAGGCAGCUCUCCGACAUUGGCAUCGCCGUCAUCCCCAACGUCCUCAGUCCCGAAGAAUGCGAAUCGCUGCGGGCCCAGACCUGGGAUGGACUCAAGCACAUCACUCGCGACGAGUUCGACCAUGAAAAUGCCAGCACUUGGCCGCAGUAUCGCAGCAAAUUCGAGCCCCUCAACGACAUGCUGCUGCAUCGAGGCGAUAUCGGCCACCUGCAGUCGCUGUGGGACGUCCGCCAGCACCCCAACGUCGUCCAGGCCUUCUCCCGCCUGUGGUCCACGCCCCCGGCCGAUCUCAUCUGUUCGUUCGAUGGACUGUCGGUGCACCUGCCGCUCCCGACGGAUGCCCGCGAGUUGAGUCCUCGGGCCUCGGCCGGGCGGCUUGAUGGGCUCCAUGUCGACCAGGGACGCACCAAAACAGGCUUUCAGUGCAUCCAGGGUCUGGUCACCCUGUAUGAUGUGCACCACGGCGACUCGUCGCUGCAUCUCAUCGAGAGCUCGCAUCUCCACUACGACGACUACUUCAAGCAGUACCCGUUCGACAGCGACGACGACUUUGUUUUCGUCAGCCACCCCAGGUUCUUCUUCAACCGCGGCUGCCGCGAGACUUUUGUCCAGGCCGCUGCCGGCUCGCUGGUCCUGUGGGAUUCCAGGCUCGUCCACGAGGGCGGCUCGGUGCUGCCCCAGAGCCUGCGAGCGAUCCCCAGCAACCCUCGCAUGGUCUUCUAUGUCUGCAUGGUGCCGCGCGAGCGGGCCUCGCAAACGGAUCUCCAGGAGCGCAUCGAGGCUUUCAGGAAUCUGCAGACAACCUCGCACUAUCCGGUACCUGUUCGCAGCUUUGGUGCCCCAUCCAACCACAGGAGCUUGAAUCCAGUCCCGCAGCCACGCCUCACAACACAGGGCAGACGGCUCGUUGGCUUCGAUGAGUGA